UUUUUUUUUAUAUAUUUCCCAAAAUAAUGUUCAUGAAAACGGGUACUUUGUUAAAUCAUACUGUUUGAGCCAUCGAUUUUCAGCCAAAGAAAAUAUUAUGUUUCUAUUUUUAUAUAUCCAUACUAAACUAAAAUGUGUUCAAAAGUCUGGUAUUACUAACUUUGACAACUGACCCCAUCUAUCAAAAGCUUUUCAUUGCUAAAUGCGAUAAAUGAUUUCGAUUUUAUAACAAAAAUUGUAUAUUAAGACGAUAUGCUUGACGCAUAGCGUACAAGAGUAGUGUGUAGUGGUGCAGUGUGAGAUGGUUUCUGUUCGGAAAUCUGUGAAAUCACCUCUGUAGCCAAUAUGGGGUCCAUGCGACCUACGGGAAGGUUUCUUUCAUUCGCAAACAACAUUCAGAGGACGCAAAAACAAGCUGUGCCAACUGGAUUUCCGCAAAGUUUGUCGGGUAGUGAAACGGAUGUGUCAACAUCAAACGAAAACUUAUCGAGGGAGGAGCGUUAUGUCGUACGACACACUACAAGGGUUGAGCCACAGGGCCAAGAGAACCAGAGCCAAUCCAACAAUAAUAACAACCGGAACUCCUUGAAGGAAAGUGUAACAGGCAGCAAUCGCAACUCGUUAAAAGACUCUGUUGGUGGUAGUAACAGCAACAGAAGCUCUCUAGAUGUUUCGUCAUCGUCAUACAACACGCUUAUCAUACACAGUCAAGAUGACUCGUGGUCCACACGACCGACGCCCAUUCGAGAACACGAACGAUCAAGUAGUGAAGUGAAGCACACAAAUACUCAAUCGUCACCGUACCACACGCUCAAAAAGACGGAGGGCGUGAAGAAGCCGAGCGGAAUACCCUUACCCAAGGUGCACAAGGAGCAGGUGGUCACCACGACGGCUAACUACAUCGAUAUAGGUGGUCAGAGGAUAUAUACCAGCCCACCAGACCACGGCGUUCAGGAAAUUACCGAAAUUCCCGACGACUUCCUGAACCAAUCGUCGGUGCUGAAGCACUUGGCUAAGGAGGUGGCGCAGUCACCGACGCCGCGAGGCCCGACGCCCCCCGCCUCCCCGCGUGCUCCUCCACCCCGGGACGAAGGUCGCAAACCCAAGGGCAAGGGCUCCAAGUCGAAGCUCAGCAAGGAGAAACUAAGCUUGUCAAGAUCACAGCCCGAUUUGACCAGUGUGGGCGUGCGCGCGGUGCCGGGCGGGUCGGAGUCGAGCGGGUGGUGCAGCGGCGGCGAGGGCUCGCUGGAGGAGCCCGACGACGCCUUCACCGCCGUGCUGGACGCGCUCGCCGCCGAGAACCACCAGCUCAAGCGGCAGCUCGCCGACGCCUGCGAACGGGUCGCCAAGACUUCUAAGCUAGAGGAAGAAGUGAAAGUGCGGACGGCCCACGAGGAGUUGGUGAGCUCAUGCGAGAGACGAGAGCGGCUGGAGCGCGCGGCGCGUGCGCGGCUGCAGGCCGACUGCAGGAGGCUGCAGGAACUUAACCGCGCACUUAAACAACAGGUGGAUUUACUGUCUCAAGGCGUUCGCACCGAGAACGACAACAGCGCGGAGGCGUUGCGCAAGGAGCUGCAGAACAGAGAGAUGCUUAUCGCACAACUUAUAACACAAAAUAAGGAGCUUGCAUGUGCCAAGGAGCGGCAGGAGAUCGAGAUGUCGGCACAGCGCGCCACCCUGCAGGAGCAGCGCACGCACAUCGACAUACUGGACACCGCGCUCACCAACGCGCAGGCCAACGUCGUACGCCUCGAGGAGGAGUGUCGGCACGCGGGCGGGUACGUGGAGCGCGUGGCGGGGCUGCAGCGCGCGCUGGGGUCGCUGCAGCUCGCCGCCGAGCGCCGCGAGCACUCCGAGCGCAAGCUGCGACACCAGCUCGAGACUCGACUGCACGCGCUCAGAAAACGGGAAUGCAAUUGUGGUGGCGCUAACUCGCUGAACGGUAACGGCGAGACUGAGGCUGAAUUGCGACGGCAGCUACGCGAGAGGGACGAGAGGUUCCUGGCGCUGGAGGGCGAGUGCGCCAAGUGGGAGCAGCGAUAUCUGGAGGAGGCGGCGCUCAGGCAGGCCGCUGUCUCCGCCGCCUCUAUACCUAAGGAUGCUAAAAUAGCAGCGUUGGAGAAAACGUCAGCAGAAUCCGAAAGGUUAAUGGCCGAGGCGCGCAACGAGAAAAUACGACACAUGGACGAACUUCACUCGGCACAGAAGAAAGUCGCCGAUUUGGAGGGCCGAGUAAAAGAAUUGGAGUCUAAGGUAGCGGAGCGCGACGCGAUGAUCAAAGUGUUGCAGAAGCACACUAGCGCCGCAUACGACAGCGGAGCGUCUCUAAGGAACAACUCUAGUAGGGAAGAACUUGUGGGCCUGUCGUCGGGCGCAUCGUUCUCCAGCGCGGAGGGCGGCGGCAGCGUAGCGGGCCGCUACCGGCAUCUCACGCGCAGGAACUACUCUCCGCACAACGACAACUCCAGCGGUUGCGGGUUCGAGAGCGGUUCGCUUCGGCUGGAGGAGCGCCUGGAGGAGCAGCUGGCGGCGCUGGAGUCGCGGCUGGAGCGCGCGCCCGUGCCCGCCCGAGGACUAUGCUGCUUCCCUGGUCUGGGCACGGUGGGUGCGCGGGGCGGUGGGGGUGGUGGUGGUAGUGGGCGCGGUGAGGAGGCGCUGCUGCUGGAGCGACAAGGCCGCGCCUCGCAGCAGACGCGCUCGUCCUCCCUGCCCCCGCCGCCCUCCGCACUGCCGCGUCCGCCGCGGAAACCAUCCGCACGUAACACCAGAUACGACCGGCUCGAACAUAGAGACGCUAGAAAGGAUUCAGACGGCUCUGGUUCUAUAGCUUCGACCGCCUCUCGCAGCUCUCCGUUACCAUACGACACUGGGACCGUUCGGAAACUACCUUCAGUGCCAACCUCGGCAUCUCUACCCGCAGCAGAGUCCAGGGAAUCGCUAGUUAGGCCCCGGGACUCGAGUUUACCUUCCCCUUCAAAGCUAGCUGUCUACGCCGCCGCUAGGCGACGUUCUGCCGAGUCAGCAAAAGAUAACAAAAGAACGCAUCACUAUCGCAUUCAGUUCUAAAAAAUAAAGUAUUUCUCUUCUUGUUUAAAAUUUGACAAUAGCUUUUCGGAUUGUUUUUUAGGUGAAAGUUCGAUUGGCUUAGAGGAUUUUUUCUACUGUUUGAAUAGCAUUAAACUUUUUAGCACUGAUAUUUCAUGACGCCUAGAACUAUAAAUAAAAUGAAAGAAACGAAAAAUUAAUAAUAAAUAUUUCAAAUGUCCGUACAACUUAAGCCGCAAAAUGAGAAUGUUUUUUGCUAAUAUCCAUAUUUACAUUCGGAGUGUAUUUUGCCGUUUUAGUAAUAUCAAUAUUUUUCCCUGAUUAGUAACUACUUCACGUGGCGAGAAUUCGUAAUUACUUAAUAUUUAUCUGAUUGUUUUUCGCAAUUAUGUAAGUAUUAGUCAUAAUUAUUGGUAUCAAUAUAACAUUUUAAGCCUAAACAACAUGGGCAAAUCAAAAUUUUAAUUACUUAAUAAAAUUAAUGUUUGCAAAUAAAUAAAUUUCAUUGUGACUGUAAAUAAUUUACAAGAAAUUGCGUGUGCGUUUUGUAGAUAAGUGUACGUGUGCUAUGUUAAAACCAGUAAUGAAUCAGAAUACAUAAUGUUGAUAAAUCGAUUCAACAAUAUCUCAAUGAGGCUAGUUAGUUUCCAUAAAGACUGUCGUAAAUCAAGUUUCGGUAUACUAUUUUCAUUGUACAGUAAAUGAAGUACAAGCAGUAUGAUCGUGGUAAUUGGAACUAAUAAAUGGUUAGUUUCUUUAUUACCCAAUAAGAAUGUUAUAACAGGCAGAGUGCGUAUAUCGUUAUAUUUUAUGGUAUAAUUAUAAUAUGCAUUUAGUCCGAACGUUUUAUAGCUCAAAUAGAUGUUUCAAUGCUUUUUGUCGUUUUGCGUAUCCAUUAUUUUUUAAGUUCACUCGAUGGUCGUUGCAUCUAUUUCGAAAUGAAAUUGCGUGUUAUACGGUGGUGUCGGGUUGGUAUAGGUAUGUUUAUUCUGGAAUUAGUCGCUUUAUCGACAACAUCGACUAAUAUAGUGCAAAUGGUUACAACACUAGACAAUAUUGUCAUGCGCGGGAAGUAUAAGCGACCGCGAUGUAUGGACUUUUAGUUUUGCGGGAAUAAUUUAGUGAACGUAAUUAUGAGGUGUCUAUAAAUAUUUACCUAGGUGUUUGUUGUUGGUUGGUAAGAGUGCCGGUUAUUGCACGUUUGCGACGGGAAAAUAACGUAAUGAAUUUGUUUAUAAAUUCAAGUGUGACUUUGUAAAUGUUGUGGCUUGCUGAUUUUGUAUUUGUCCGAAUUGUGUUUAAUGAUUGGUUUUCAUUCCACUUUGCCAGUGUAUAACUAAAAUAAACGGUAAUUGUUUUUUUACUA